AUCCUCCCAAUAACAAAAUGGCGAAUUCUAUUUCAUCUUUUUAAAGUAUUGUUUCAAUUGCAUUGCUUCGUGAUAUUCUAUUUCUAUUUAUCAAAUUAGAGUUUCUUUAAUUUAAUCGUGUGACACGAUUGCUUUUUUGUCGUGUUAAUUCCUUGGUUUUGCUUUAGUUGUGAGGAUAACAUGAGUAAUUACGAUGACGACCAAAGUGAAGACGGAGAAUUAGCACGCAGCCCUAUACAUGAUGAAAUGGAUUUUAGCUUAUCCGAUGAGGACAGAGACAAUGCUGACUCAUUAGUAAUUAAACCUCCUCAAGCCGUGAUUCGACCGUCACACAGGGACAAAAGAAACCACAAACGUUCAGGGAAAGAGAGAUACAAGGAAGUGGCCACAAGAAAAGAGAAGAAACAUUUUUACAGGGAACGCGACAAGCCUGAUAAAUCAAAACGUGGGGAGGUACCAAAAAAUCUGGAACGUGAAGAAAUGACGAAAGAGUAUUAUAGAGAAAAACAGUACUAUAGAGAAAAAGAUCCAUAUCGUGAAAAGGAAAUGAGGGAGAAAGAAUUAUACCAUGAAAGGGAAAUGUACAGAGAAAAAGAUGUUUAUAGAGAAAAGGACCCUUAUAAGGAACGAGAACAUUAUAGGGAAAGAGAAAUGUACAGGGAAAAUCCUACAUACCGUGAAGCACCACGGCAAAGAGAUGUUUAUAGGGGAAAAGAAAUGUAUAAGGAAAAAGAGAUGCAAAGGGAACGUGAAAUGUAUUUAAGUCGUGAAAGACAAAAAUAUGCAGAGAAUGAGAGAAAACGUUAUGAAACAGAGAAAAUUGAAUCUAGGUUAAGGUUGCUAGCUGAAGAAAAUAGACCUAAUCAUAAUAAUGAAAAGGAAAAUAGAGAUAGAACCUCUGGUGAUAAAGAGCUAGAAGAUUUAAGGACAAGAUUACUUAGUAAAAGAAUAUCAAAAGAAUUACAAAACCAAGACAAUAAAAAACAGCCUGAUUACACAGAUAAAGAAUCAAAAUCUGACGACCGACAAAGGCAUUCUUCUUCACUGGAUAGACAUCAACAAGAAAGAAGAAAACGAUUGUUAGAAGCUGAAAAAGAAAUGGAAAAACGCAAACAUGAAUCAAGGACAGAGUUGGAAGCUCGACGCGAGGAGCGUCGCCGCCGUGGUAAAAAAAGAUCAGUUUCACCAGAUGAUGUUGCCAACAAGAAGAAGCGACAACAAUCACCUAACUAUGACUCAGUUGUGACCGUGUCGGAUGCAAGUGACACAGAUAUGAAGAGUGAUUCCGUUCAUUCAGAACCCGAAGAAGGUGAACAUUCAAAUAGCGAGACUGACGAAGAGACUACCACAGAUUCUGAUUCUGAUGCUGAGUCGAAAUCGGCAGAUGAUGAAGAUGAUGAUGACAAUGAAGAAAAGUCUGACAAAGAAGAAAGAAGUGAUAAAGAAGAAGAAGAAGAAGAGAAAACAAGAAAUAAAUCAAAAUCAAAAUCCCCCUCACCUAAAUCAGUUCACAGAAGUCCUUCAUCCAAUGGAUCUAGAAGAUCUAUCUCUAGAUCAAAAAGUAGAAGUAGGUCACAUUCAUUUUCACCGCCCCCUACUGGUGAAAAUGGUAAACCACCCGCCGAAGAAGUGAAAGUGGAAGAUGAUGACGAAAAAUUACGAUUAAAAGAAGAGGAAAUCAACUUACUGCCACCAUAUUUCCCUGCUUUACAGGGGUGUAGAUCGGUUGAGGAGUUUCAAUGUCUGAAUAGAAUUGAAGAAGGCACAUAUGGAGUUGUUUACAGAGCUCGCGAUAAGACCACUGAAGAAAUAGUGGCUUUGAAACGUUUAAAAAUGGAAAAGGAGAAGGAGGGUUUCCCUAUCACCUCGCUGAGGGAGAUCAACACUUUACUUAAGGGCCAGCACCCCAACAUCGUGACCGUGCGCGAGAUCGUCGUCGGCUCCAACAUGGACAAGAUCUUCAUCGUCAUGGACUACGUCGAACACGACCUCAAGAGCCUCAUGGAGACGAUGCGGGGCAAGAAACAAGUCUUUCUACCUGGUGAAAUAAAAUGCCUCAUGACACAACUGUUGAAGGCUGUACAUCACCUGCAUGACAACUGGAUAUUGCACAGAGAUCUUAAAACAAGUAAUCUUCUGCUAUCACACAAAGGCGUGCUAAAGGUGGGAGACUUCGGGCUGGCGCGCGAGUACGGCUCGCCGCUGCGGCAGUAUACGCCGAUAGUGGUGACGCUGUGGUACCGCGCGCCCGAGCUGCUGCUCUGCUGCAAGGAGUACUCCACGCCCAUCGACAUGUGGAGCGUCGGCUGCAUAUUUGCUGAAUUCAUCACAAUGAACCCUUUGUUCCCCGGAAAGUCUGAAGUUGAUCAACUUAAUAGAAUAUUUAAGGAUCUCGGUACUCCGUAUUUGUAA